AUGCUGAGACGGAGCUGCUGGCCAAACACUUUCUGUCACACUGAAGCAGCUCUCAUCCUGACAGAGAACAAAAGAACGCCACGUCUGUUCCAACGCCUCAGGAUUGGGUGGAUGAUGAACAGGUCUGGCGGCCCCCCAGGGGAGGAGCUCACAGAUGAGGAAAAAGAGAUCAUCAACGGUGUACUGGCUCGUGCGGCCAUGAUGGAGGCCAAGGAGCAGCAGAGGAUUGAGCGUCUCUCCAGUCGCCUGGAUAAUAUCAAGAAAACAGCGUGUGGUGAUGGACAGGCCCACUGUCUGCUGUGUGGGGCGUCAUUUGGAUCACAGGGGGUCACAGCUGUCCUCUGCGUGCAGUGCAGGAACCACAUGUGUAGCAAAUGUGGGAUCCGGAGCAACAGCCGAACGUGUCCUGUGUGGCUGUGCAGAAUCUGCAACGAGCACCAAGAGGUUCACAAACGUUCCGGAGCUUGGUUCUUCAAGGGAAGAGAGCAGCAGGGUCUGCCAUCCCCCCUCCCUCUGUCCGGAUCCCGACAGGCCAGCACUGAGAGCGAUGGACCACAGGAACCUUCAACAAAUUAUCAUCCAAGACACGACUUGAGCCCAGAGCAGCAGCAGCAGCAGCAGCAGCAGCAGCAGUCCUGUGGGUCAGAACAAUGGGAGCAGACAGCAAGAACAACAGCUGACAGCUAUAAUGAGAAUCAGUCUCGUCCAGCAGCUGUAAUGAAGACAGAGGGACAUGUGUUAGCCUCCAAACCACCUCGGCCAAACGCACAGCAGGCCACCCUCACCUCAGCUCCUGCUGCAGAUGUGGGGAACAAACGUUCAGAGAGGGAAGGGACGGUUUCCCUUCCAGCUGUGGAGGAAAAAAGACAACCUGUUGUCUCCAGUUCCUUUUCAUCUCAUGUUCCUGCAGCCAGAGCUAUUCCACCUGUUAAUCCCCCGGCAAACAAUCCCACUCCCCCAAGACCAACACCAGAUCGAACAGAGGAUGAGGAAAAUGACUACGACUCGGAUGAUGCCACUACUCUGGGAUCUCUGGAGUUCAGUCUUCUUUACGAACAGGAGAGCCACGCCCUGCACUGUUGCAUCAUUAAAGCUAAGGGUUUGAAGCCGAUGGACUCAAAUGGACUUGCUGACCCGUAUGUGAAGAUGCACCUGUUACCUGGAGCCAGUAAGUCGAACAAGCUUCGCACCAAGACACUGAAAACAACUCUGAAUCCCGUGUGGAAUGAGACGCUCAUCUACCACGGUAUCAACAAUGAGGAAAUGUCACGCAAAACUCUCCGGCUUUCAGUAAGUGACGAGGACAAGUUUGGACACAAUGAAUUCAUAGGAGAGACUCGAGUUGCACUGAAGAAACUGACGUUUAACCAGAAGAAGAACUUCAAUGUUUGUUUGGAGAGAGUGAUCCCGGUGAAGAAAGCUGUAGGAGGCUCGGCCCGUGGCAUGGCCCUCUAUGAGGAGGAUCUGAAAGAAGGGGACGAUUCAGAGGAAAGAGGACGUAUCAUGGUAUCACUGAUGUACAACAGCCAGGUGGGUCGUCUUGUAGUGGGCGUGGUCCGCUGUGCUCACCUGGCGGCCAUGGACUCCAACGGAUACUCUGACCCCUUCGUCAAGAUAUGUCUCAAGCCAGACAUGGGAAAGAAAGCUAAAAACAAGACGCAGACAAAAAAGAAGACCCUCAAUCCAGAAUUUAAUGAGGAAUUCAGUUACGAAAUAAAGCAUGGUGAACUUGCCAAGAAAACCCUGGACAUCUCAGUCUGGGACUAUGACAUGGGCAAAUCCAAUGAUUUCAUUGGAGGAUGUCAGUUAGGCAUCCAGGCUAAAGGAGAGUGUCUGAAGCAUUGGUACGAAUGCCUGAAGAACAAAGACAAGAAGAUUGAGUGCUGGCAUGUUCUGUUAAACGAUAACCCUGCUCAAUUUGAGGACUAA